CCAUUGUGUGAAGGUGUGUGACAACCCCGGACCCACAGAAGUCCCUUCCUAUACAUGUACUUGUUUACGAACCUCGCGGAUUAAGUGUGUACAUCUCUUAUGGAUUGGAUUGGCAGACAGAAUAUGAUACAUCUAGGGUGAGAACGUCACUUGCAAUAGAAUGUGUGAAGGUAUUGGAUCAAGUUGUGAAUAAUUACUCUUAGCCCUUUGUGUAGUAGGACUGUAUGACACCGGUUGAUUCGAACUCAAUACAUCAGAGAGAUACCGACAACUCGCCCCACAUUGCCACUGCGACCGUGAGCGUCGAAAGGAUGCGAAAGUAAAAUAAUCGAGAAAUCUCCUUUGAGGGAAGACAGAGGUGCGUUCCAAAUUGAAAUGGCCGGCAGUGGGUUGCAGGUGUCGACCCGUGGACCACCGCCCGGGUUGGCCUUCAACCUAGACGAGUGGGUACCGUGUGAGGUGUACCUGGGCUGCACCGAAAAGAGAGAGACAGACACGGCCACCAGUGCCGACUUGGCUCGGGUGGUCGCCAAGCUCCAUCGACGCCAUGAACGUGACCGUGGAACGGUUCUGGGCCAGUCAUCUGCAGCAUCAGAGGUGUAUGUCAAGGUUAUACCUCCUGGAUUUAUUCUGAGGGUCAUCCCGUCCUCCCGAGACAACCAGGAGACCAAUAGCCCGCAAGAGGGUAUCAGAGAAUUCUUCGAGACAGUCCGCAUAGCAAGAUGCUCCGCCAACCACGAGCCGUGCAAUCGCACUCUCAUCUGGGUCUACAACCGCCGCUCCCUCGAUGGCGGGACGGCUGGGUCAGACGGACGGGUGGAGUGUCACGGCGUAGUGUGCCGGGACUUAAGGGACGCCACCCGACUGGCUAACACGCUGGCCGCGGCCUUCUACGAGAUGAGACAACAUCCUGUGUCAAUCGGUAACGCCUUUGGCGCUGUGGGCGGCGCGGUCAGUAUGUCAGGGCUCAUGCAGAGUGUGCCAGGGGAGCUCCCUCCGGCUUACACGCCCGCGGAUACCAGCGGUGAAGUCGCUGUGCCAGAGCCCCGGUCCAGACGGGCCAGAAGCCGUGGAGGCAGACAGAUGCGAGUCCUGGAAGUCGCUACAAUCCACCAAGGAGAGGACCUCGAGGAAGGUUCCCAACUGGAUCUGAGCCCCAGGUCAACUGGUUCCAUGAGCCCAAGGGAUGUCUCAUCCCCACCAAAUGCCGCCGGCACUACGCGGAACUCCACCGUGUCUCUGCACUCUGCCGUGGCCAUCUCCGAGGUCAGGUCUCCAAGAGGCCAACGGUACGGAGGCAUGCCAGACGUGGCAGCUGACCCCUGGGGAAACCCUGUCGGAUAGACCCUAAAAUAUAGGCAGGAGUGUUAGCCUCAGCUUAAUGAGUUGCUUAUAAUACUAAUAGAAGACAAAAAUUGCUUAGAAUAUGGUGGGACCAGAUCGCACGAGCUGAGUCUAU